UCUACCAUUCUGAUACUAUAUCAAGAUUGUUUUAAGAACAAAAUAAUACAUGCGAAAAAUUACGAACGUUAUCUAUAUAAAUAACAACAAUGUGUGCUGCAGUCGUCAAUUUAAGUACAACCAAUAUUCCACCAAUGUAUUACAGAAUAUUAUCGAAGUUUCCUCAAAAUGUGAUAUUCUGCUUUGGAUAUGGUUCUGGUGUGAAAAAACAAAUAGGCUACAAUAAAACAGAGCCUAUGAUUGAUAUGAUAUUUUGUGUAGAUAACUCUUAUCGAUGGCAUGAAACCAACCUCGCUCAGAAUAAUAGUCAUUAUUCAGUUUUAAAAUACUGGGGUCACAAUUUCAUAGCUAAAUUCCAAGAGCAGUUUGGUGCUAAAGUUUACUUUAAUACACUCGUACCUAUUCCUGAUGAAAAUAUUAUGUUAAAAUAUGGCGUUAUAAGUUGCAAGGAUCUUGUAACAGAUCUAUUAGAUUGGAGUGAUUUGUAUUUAGCUGGUCGAAUGCAUAAACCAGUGACAGUUGUGAAAGCGACAUCAAAUGCUCAACUACAAGCUGCUCUACAUCUGAAUUUGCAUUCUGCUGUUCAUGCAGCAUUACUGUUGUUACCAGAAUUUUUCACUGAAUAUGAAUUGUAUUAUACAAUAUGUAAUUUAAGUUAUUCUGGUGAUUUUCGAAUGCUACUUGGGGAGGAUAAAAAUAAAGUUAGAAACAUAGUUUUGCCUCAGAUGGAAGAGUUCAGAAUUCUAUACAAACCAGUGCUUCAGGCUUUUCAAACUUGUUUAGAUUUUCCACCUGAUAAAGCAGAAAGUGCAAGAAUCAGACAAGACAUAAGCCCUUUAGUGAAGCUACAUCAUUUAAAUCAAUUACCCAAAAAUCCUCAAAAAGGAAUUGUGCGAUACUGGAAUAGAGGUAAUUUUCAACAAGACACAGAAGAUGUGCUAAGGGCUGUUGCUUAUGACCCAUACUGUGGAGAAGUUGUAAAAAAUAGCGUGAAAAAUAUAGUAUGGAAGUCAAGUAUUUCACAGUCUUUAAAAGGAAUUGCAACAGCAGGUUUUAUAAAAUCAAUCAAAUACGGUGGACGCAAGUUGCUAAAAACUUUUAUAUAGAAAAUAAUGUCAAAUUAAUAUUUUGUAAUGCUUAUUACAAAAUUGUAAUUCUAGUUGAAAAUA